UUGCGUGGCGGCGGCAUGAAGCGCUUACGCUGGCAGGUGGUGGCCGUGGCGUCAGUGGGCCUCGCGCUGGCCCUGGAGGUGCUACCUUCUGCGCUUCUCUGGUUGCGGGCCUGGCGGCGGCGGCGGCAACAACAACCACAGCGCGAGGUGCUCUUCUUCCCGUCGCAGGUGACCUGCACCGAGGCCCUGCUGCAGGCCCCGGACGCGGGGCCGUCAACGUCCCUCGCGGGCUGCGGGUGCAGCCUGCCCCACAUCGAGAGCUCGUUGAGCCGCCUGCUGCGCGCCCUACUGGCCGCCCGAGCCAGCCUCGAGCUCUGCCUCUUUGCCUUCUCCAGCCCGCAGCUGGGCCGGGCAGUGCAGCUGCUGCAUCAGCGUGGGGUGCGCGUCCGGGUCAUCACCGACUGUGACUACAUGGCCCUCAAUGGCUCGCAGAUUGGCCUGCUCCGCAAGGCAGGCAUCCAAGUGCGGCAUGACCAGGACCUGGGCUACAUGCACCAUAAGUUCGCGGUGGUGGACAGGAAGGUGCUCAUCACCGGUUCCCUCAACUGGACCACGCAGGCCAUCCAGAACAACAGGGAGAACGUGCUGAUCAUGGAGGACGCCGACUACGUGAGGCUUUUCCUGGAAGAAUUUGAGCGUAUUUGGGACGAGUUUAACCCUACCAAGUAUACUUUUUUCCCACAGAAGAAGAGAGGUCACUGAAGCCGUGGGCUCCCCUCUGUCUUCAGAGUUGGAGAGGACAGAGGUGUCACACAGCUUUGGUACCUCUGGUUUUGAAACUAGACCAAACCUGCAAGGGAUGGGACCUGACUGGGCCCCUGGAGGCACUGCAAGUUAUGGUGACAGCGUCUGCAUCCUGCUUGAGUGAAACCUCAACAUUAGGAAAAAAUCCAUCCAAACUAAAUUCUCAUCCAUUGACACACUGAAGUGAACCCAAGAGCGCUCAGUGUUAAAAAGGACGGGAAUUCCUGUCACAUUAGGUCAGUUGUUUUGGACAGAGCUUUGGGUUUUUCUUUCCACCAUCAGCAGGUAUAGCUUCUUCUAAGUGUGCUCUCAGGAAGGAACCUUGCCGAGUACCUUGGUUCAGAAUGCGAGGGUUCCUCCUGCCGCACAGAAAAGCUGUGACGCCUCUUUCAGGGUCAAAUAUCUGACUCCCUUUCCUAGUUGAGAGCAUCUCCUCCUCUCUGGCCAGCCCCAUCAGUUCAGCCCCUUAGGUAUCUCCUGAAAUGCUCCCUCUUGUCCCUUGGGACCGGCCCAGUCCCCAUCAAGCACAGCUGGACCCUGAGAUUGGCUAGAGGUUGACAGUCUCGUCAUCCCUACUGUGACCAGCUCCUUGGUGGCUUACUGGAAGGUCCGAGUCAGGAAGGAAAACGGGUGAGAGAGAAGAGAGGAGAGCUGGGCACGUGGGAGCAGGAGCUGCCUUCAGGCCCGCCCUGAGCGUUAGCUGCCCCUGGAGGGCAGGCAGGCCACCCUCUUACCCGGUCUCCUUGCAUAACUACUCUUUAAAACAAGUACACAUGAAAAUGUUCAUCCUCGGCAGAUUCCCUUCUAUUUUCAUGUGGUUAAGUGUGUGGUCUGUCAGGAAGGACCGUAAGUGGGCAGAAGCUGCUUCUGUUUCCAUGUUAAGCUUUUAAUUUUUAACGUUCUCACACCAAAGGUGGUUUUGUUGUGUGUUUAGAAGUGGCCUUCACAUUAACACCUGUGGAGCUUCGCUAAUUUUCAUUUUGGCUCAGUGUAAUUAACUAUGAGUUACAUGACCAUCUGGAGGAGUAAACUAGAGGAGAGACCCAUUUCAGGUGUGGUACCUACAGAUCUAUUUUUAUUCUCAGCUUAGGGUUUUCCAUCCAUAGGUAAUAGGAGAACAGGCUUCUUACAUACAUUUGUGAAAUGUUCCACAUUAUGUUCUUCAGAACGUGUAUCUUUAUAUAUAGAUAGCUCAAAUAACAUCUGAAUGGUUAUUUUACCAUCUUAUCAUAUUUCUGUAUGAUGAGUAAUAUGUAAUCGUAUGUAACAUGCUGUGUGACCUGUCCUGAGGCCUGUUUGGGGUGUACGUGGGUUUCUCGUCCCCCAUCACGCUCAUGUAGCCACCUGGAGAGACCUUUCAGUGUUCCACAUUUUUUUGUUUAUUUAAAGUUACCCUUGACUUACAGUGUUAGGCAAGUAAACUCAAAGUUAAUUUUUCUUAUUGAAGCUAUAGAGUAUAAUAUAUGGAUUAGAAAUCACAAGAGGUGGUUUUACAUUAAAUGAGUUUUUCAUCUGAGUCUGUUCUCCAGCAGAGUAUCUUCUGAAAAGAAAACGGGAGACGUUGUAGACUGUCUCCUGGAUGAUGGUGCCAAGUUGUUUGGGCGUCCCACACAUUUGAAUAAAUACGUUCUUAUUCUGGAACGGUA